AUGGCUACAGCCCAGUCAGCGAACACCCACUCGACGCAGUUACAAUCCCCGUUAUACCGCCUACCUCGAGAACUCCGCGACGAAAUCUACGAAUACUAUGCAGAUGGCAGGCGAUCGUACGAGUACAACAAGGACACGCAAAAGCUGCGCUACCGGGAUACAGCUGCGCGCGCAGAAAACCUUGGUUUGAUAGUGACUUGUAAGAUCGCGGCGGAAGAGAUGAAAAGGGUAGCCUUCCAGAAAGCGGAGUUUAGCACACGAUGCUCUGCGUACGACAUUUCAGAGUUCAUGGGCCUACGCUCAAGAGUCGCUCGACUCCACAUCUUGACGACUCUUGUUCAAACACAGCGACAACGCAUGUUGGUCUGUGUGACCGAAUUGCUACAAGCUUCCGACUUCGUCGACAUCGAAGCGCGUUAUCCAAACAUGGGACUAUAUUUCGGUGACUUGCUACCGCAAGCCAUUGCUGAGCAACGCGAUAACCUACCACCAAAGCAAUGGCUCAACCUCCGGAAGAUCAUCCUGUACGAGGACCGCAAGUCUCUGCUUCGUCCCGCAUGUCAUGCACGUGGACUCAUUGGUUUCUGCAAGAGCAAUUCGUCUUUACGCGUGGAGCACAACAUCGGACUAUUGAGCAAUCUGCUCCCGGAGUCUACAGAUUUGGGAAUCGACGAUCGAUUCAUACUUGGAUCCACUUGCCUGGGAGUAACAGUCCCAUGGAUAGAGGAGGCUCUAUCUUUGGCUGCCAGUGGUAUAACUACCAAUGCCUACCGACUCAUCAUCGACGGCAGUACAACAAAGGCAGUGCAAACUUUCAGGCUCUUGAAGUAUGCCGCAGCAAUGCAAGAAGCCAUGCUCACCCAAGCAGAGCGUAACAAUUUGCAGCCUACACCAUGGGUCCGUUCGGGUUACGGCCAAGUCACCUCACUACCAUGGCACUUACCCGCAGGUUUUCCGAACGUAAUCCGCGCAAUCAUGAAUGGCACGUCGAACAUCCAGUUUACAGGCCCCGUAGGCGACCUGUGGGACUCAGAUCUCAUGUUCUUUGAGAGUCAAGACUGGACCAUCGCAGAUUGGCGGAACGAAUGGAAGGAGAAGAUUGUACUGUGCGGACCAGAAACCACCUUCUAUGAGGACACACAAAAGUGGUACGAGCUCUAG